AUGCUCACCCUAUCUCAGGUCUAUAAGUCUCCCUCCGCCUUCCUCUGUGCCCUCCUGGCAGCCGGAGUGUCCCUGGCAGAUGUUCGCCCCGGGAGCAGCUGCGAUCCUCUUUGCAAGUCAGUGCCGGGCAGCGCAGGUUGGCCCUCGACCGAGACUUGGGCCAGCCUCAAUGAGUCAACUGGGGGACGACUGCUGCGACCGUCUCCUCCAGGAGCUGUCUGCCAUUCCGGACAGCCCACCUUCGACAACGCAACCUGCCGAGGCGUCCAAGCCGGCUGGACCUCCUACGAAUUCCACGACGCAGACCCCGUCUCCGUCGACUGGAACCAAUACAGCAAUGACUCCUGUCUUCCUGACCCGCAUUAUCCGUGCAGCGGUGAGGGAUAUCCUGUCUUCGUCAUAAAUGCGACCACUGCCGAGCAUGUCAAGCUUGGGGUCGACUUUGCAAGGGAGCACCAUAUCCGUCUCAUCGUCAAGUCCAGUGGCCAUGACUUCAUCGGCCGGUCCAUCGCUCCCAAUUCACUGUCGAUAUGGACUCAUCACAUGACGGGCUUGCAGACGCACGAAGGUUUCCAGCCCAAGUCCUGCAAAGUGACCAUCGAUGGCGGGGCGGUCACGGCAGGGGCUGGGUCGGCGAUGGCCGAACUGUACGGCGCUCUGGGUUCGAUCAAUCGAACAGUCAUCGGCGGAGGAGGAAAGACGGUCAGCCUUGGCGGAUAUCUCACCGGAGCCGGCCACUCCCUGCUCAGCAGCCGCUAUGGCCUUGCCACCGAUCAGGUCCUCGAGAUGGAGGUUGUGACGCCAAAAGGCGAGAUCCUAACCAUUAAUGAGUGCAGCCAUCAAGACCUCUUCUGGGCCAUGCGAGGGGGCGGCGGUUCUACCUUUGCGAUCAUGACCUCUGUGACGGUGAAGACCUUUCCGUCACCUCGGCUGGCUUGCGGCGACAUCAUCGUCGCAACAGAUGCCAACUCCUUUGCUGCCAAGAGCGUCCCUGAUCUCGCGGCAUAUGUCGUCAGCCAGUUUCCAGACCUCGGAGACGCGGGGAUGUCAGGAUACUCAUAUAUCUUGCGAGACUUCCCCAAUCCGUACGACCCGAGCAGUGGUUCGGUAGCCGGAUUCUACGCCAGCAUGUGUAUCCAAGAUACGCAGGACACCACGGAGUUUCUCACGCUGUGGAAUCCGAUCUUCAAGCACAUCAACGAGACAUGGCCGGGCUUCUCGAUCGUCCCAAACUUGGCAAACUUCACCUCUUUCUCCGGCUGGUACGCGGUCAACUACGACAAGUCGACGACGGGCACCGAUUCUUACGUCGGGAGCCGGCUGCUGGACAAGAAGGCUCUCACCAGCAAUGUCACCGCUCUUGCAGCUGCCCUAGACCGGCUCUCGAGCGGCGGAACCGCCACGGCGUUCCUGGUCAGCGGGAAAGGUGUCAUGGAUGCGAAGCCGCGAGGUGGCGGAGACGCGGUCAAUCCCGCCUGGAGGAAGGCAUACGUCCACUCGACCUUCGGUGUCGAAUUUGAGCCGCUCAACGCCUCGGCCAAGGCUGAGGCGCUUCAGAAGAUAAACUACAUGCUGGAGCCCAUGCGGGAGCUGGCUCCAGACAUGGGGGCUUAUAUGAACGAGGCCAACCCCGAGGAGCCCGACUGGCAGCACCAGUUCUGGGGUGACCACUACGGGCGCCUGGUCGAAAUCAAGCGAGAUGUUGAUCCCCAGGACGUGCUCUGGUGUACGCCAUGCGUGGGCAAUGAGCGCUGGAAGGAGCACGACGGCAUGCUCUGUCGGGUGUGA